AUGUCUCUGUGCUGGAGUCAAGACAAACUGGAACAUACAGAACGAGAGAGAGAGAAAGAGAGAGAGAGAGAGAGAGCCUCCAAACUCGAGUACAAAAGACUACCGGAAUUGGGCGAAUAUGCCCUUUUUCGGCACCAUCUACGGUCGAAUUGGAAGACUGAUUCCAACGAAAGGCUCGACCGAAUCGCAUUCAUCUGCCCUUCGGACUAG